GCGGUUUGUAAUCCCCAAGUCCCCGCUCUCAAAAGGCUUUCGGUUGCCACCCGUCGUCCUCACUAACUUUCACCACCCAAUCUACAUUCGUCAUGGGUCGCCGUCCCGCUCGCUGCUACCGCUACUGCAAGAACAAGCCGUACCCCAAGUCGCGGUACAACCGUGGUGUCCCUGACCCCAAGAUUCGUAUCUUCGAUCUUGGCCGGAAACGCGCCUCUGUCGACGACUUCCCCUUCUGCGUCCACUUGGUGUCCGACGAGUACGAGCAGCUGUCGAGCGAAGCACUCGAAGCUGCCCGUAUUUGCGCCAACAAGUAUGUCACCAAGACGGCCGGCAAGGACUCGUUCCAUUUGAGGGUCCGCGUGCACCCCUUCCACGUCCUCCGUAUCAACAAGAUGUUGUCCUGUGCCGGUGCUGAUAGGCUUCAGACCGGUAUGCGUGGCGCGUGGGGCAAGCCGUACGGCACUGUCGCCCGUGUCAACAUUGGCCAGAUCAUCCUUUCCAUCCGGUGCAAGGACCAGAACGCCCCCGUCGUCAUGGAGGCUCUGCGCCGUGCGCGGUACAAGUUCCCUGGUCGCCAGAAGAUCAUCGUCUCGAAGAAGUGGGGCUUCACGAACGUUGACCGGGAAGAUUACCAGAAGCUGAAGGAGGAGAAGCGUGUGAUCCAGGAUGGUGCAUACGUCAAGUUCAUCCGGCCGAAGGGCCCUCUGGAGCAGAACCUGCGUACUCAGCUCGCGGCAUGAUCUAUCUCUGUGUUACCCUGUACCUUACGAUAUGCAGCAUGUAUAUGAUAUCCUGCCGUAUGGACGAGGUGCCUGGAAACUGAGACAGCUCAAUAGACGUUGCAUUUGGCUACAGAACACGAGUGUAUUUAUAGCGGAAUGAGCGAGCGGGAGUAAUGGCCUGUUACGGAGGGCAGCGCGAAAAGAGCGGAUGAGGGGUGUCAAAGAAGCUAAGCGCGAAGCGUAAUAUAAACGGCGUCCGUCCAUGCUCCAACAUCCGUCCC